CCAAAACAUGGGUAGUAAAGAGUACUCAGCUGCCACUGGCAAGGCGGUGAAGGAGAGAGCAUGAAGCAGCACAGGGCUCUAAAUUGAAGUCCUUCCUCAGACGCUAAGUUGGUGAAAACAGGUCAUCAGGAGAGAAGAAACUUGAUGGCCACCACGACAGAGUUGAGUUCCACAGCAGGGAAGAAUAAUUACUCCCAGGACUUGCAGGUGGAUGAGAGGCUCAUUCCUAGGAAAGUUCCAAGCUUUUGUUCUGUUCGCUAUGGAAUGGCCUAUAUCAUAAAUCUCUGCAACUUCAUACUGAUGACACAAAAUAUCAUCAUUAACAUCACCAUGGUAGCCAUGGUCAACAGCACAGACCAUCAGUCCCAGGUCAACAGCUCCACUGAGGGGCUGCCUCUUGACUCACUUGGUGCCCCAAACAAAGCCCCAGAGAGACUUCCUGCAGCGGCACCUGUGUAUGAUUGGAGCCCUCAAACCCAAGGCAUCAUCUUUGGUUCUAUCAACUAUGGCAUGGUGCUAACUCUGGCUCCCAGUGGCUACCUGGCUGGAAGAAUAGGAACGAAGCGAAUAGUUGGGGCUGCUUUGUUCGGAUCCUCGUUUCUCAGUCUUUGCACCCCAUUGGCAGCUGAACUUGGAGUAGUUUCCCUCAUUGUAAUUCGAAUAGUCCAAGGGAUAACCCAGGGAUCAGGAUUGGGGGGUCAGUUUGCACUGUGGGAAAAAUGGGGCCCUCCACAUGAACGAAGCAGACUCUUAAGUAUCGCUCUAUCAGGCCUGGUAUUAGCGGGCUUCGCUGCCAUCCUCCUGGGCGGCCUCAUCAGUGAAACUUACGGAUGGCCUUUUGCCUUCUACAUCUUUGGAGGCAUUGGCUGUGUCUGCUGUCUUCUCUGGUUUGUUCUGGCUUAUGAUGACCCUGUUUCUCACCCAUGGAUAAGCAUCUCAGAAAAGGAAUACAUCAUAUCCUCUCUGGCCCAACAGGUCAGCUCUUCUAAGCAGUCUCUUCCAAUCAAAGCUAUGCUCAAAUCGCUACCCCUUUGGUCGAUGAUUUUUUGCUGUUUCGGUCAUCAGUGGUUGGUUUCCAUAUUGAUUGUGUACACACCAACUUACAUCAGCUCUGUGUACAAUGUGAACAUCAGAGAUAAUGGGAUUCUGUCUGCCAUUCCUUUUAUCGCUGCCUGGGUUUUUGGUAUCCUAGGAGGCCAACUGGCAGAUUUCCUUCUGACCAAAAGUUUUAGGCUCAAUACAGUACGGAAAAUUGUCACAGUUCUAGGAAUUCUCCCCUCUUCAAUAUUAACUGUGGUUCUGCCCUACCUCAGUUCCAGUUUUAUCACAACAGUGGCCCUUCUGACGAUCUCUUGUGGACUAAGCCCGCUGUCUCAGACAGGGAUGUACAUUAAUGCCUUAGAUAUUGCUCCAAGAUAUUCCAGCUUUCUCAUUGGUGUCUCAAGGGGAUUUGCAUAUAUAGCAGCUAUCCUGGCACCCACUGUCAGUGGAUAUCUCCUUAGUCAGGAUCCUGAGUUUGGGUGGAAGAAUGUCUUCUUGUUGUUACUUGCCAUUAACAUGUUUGGACUGAUCUUCUACCUUAUAUUUGGAGAAGCAGAAGUCCAAGACUGGGCUAAAGAAAGGAAACUCACUCGUUUAUGAAGUUAUUCCACCUUGGUUGGAAAAGUCACUAAGCACCUUAUUUCAUAAAUGGAAAUGACUCAGUGAUGAAAAUAACCAUGGAAAGAAUUUUAUUUGCUGUGGCUCUUUUCAAAUAUGCGAUCAAUUCUUUCUUUUAUCCAAAUUUCUGUUUUGAGAAAAAGAUAAGAUGAAUGAGAAUUCAAAUAAAAUGAUA